GCUCUGUGCCAACUCCUCCAGCUUUGCAAACACGAUAAGGCAGAGGCUGCAAGAACUCCCCCUGCUCUGGGAGUAAUGUUUAACCAGAUAAUUCCUCCAGGGGGUGGGAAUAGACAACAGAAGUGGCUUUUUUUCUUCUUUUUUGCUGUCUGCUGGCGCGCCUUUACAGUUGAAUUCAUUCAUAGCUGCAGCCAGAAUGGAGGAGACGUCGCAACAGGAGCAAAUGCAAGAAGCGGAGAAUAAAAACCAGAAUGAGGAGGAGGAGGGUGGGAUCCGGCGGCGACUGCGAGACAGGGAGCUUCUCAGGAAGAGGAAAGCCGAAGCAGAGGAGAAGGAAACUAACCAGUGGGUUUUUGGGGCGGAGAGCCAGAGGAAACGAUCCAGGGCCGAGAACAGGAGCGGCUCAAAGAGGAGAGGGAGGCCUCGGAAGGCCGAUGCCGUCCCACCGUUUCCAGUCCCCCAGGAGGAGGCAGGCGAUCCUGCAGCUCUGGUGGCGUCGGCGCCGGCUGGAGUCAUCUCGGGUCAAACGCUGAGCUCUCAGACCGCCACGCCGGCUGUGGAAGCGCAGCGAGCUCCAGAUGUGGAGGCAGCCGCUCAGGUGCCGGUUCUUCAAGUGGUCCGAAACGACGUUUUUGAGAAGUUGGAUGUGGAUUAUGCUCCAGUUCCUGUUCAACGUUCAGCCCCAGCUGGUCCAGUCCCAGUAGACGCUUCCUACGGUGCUCCAGAACAAGGACAAGCCUCCUAUGGUCCUCCAGAACCAGUAGAAGCUUCCUUUGGUGCUCCAGAACCAGUAGAAGCUUCAUAUGGUCCUCCAGAACCAGUAGAAGCCUCCUUUGGUGCUCCAGAACCAGUAGAAGCUUCCUAUGCAGUCCCAAACCCAGUUAAAGCUCUUAAUGAUGUUCCGGUCCAGCUUCCAGCCCCUGAAGACGUCCCAUUCCAAUUCCCCGAUGCCGUUCCAUUCCGAGCUCCAUCUCAAGACUCUGAGUCUGCUGCAGCUCUCGCUCCUCCCUCAGCUCCUCCCCGGGUGGAGACCCUCUACACGGAGUCAGGAGGCAGAGAGUCCCUGGACCGGGUCCUGAUAGAGGACUUGGGCCCUGACGAUGAAGAUGAUGUCUCCCCUUCGCAAAACGACAGAGAGGAUGAAGGCUUCAACGAACCGCCGCUGAUGAACAAAAUGUACUCCGUCCCAACACUGUCCGGUCCUCCUCUGCCUCAGGAAUACUUUCCAGGAAAUCAGCUGUAACUCGUCCCUGUUCAGCUGCCGCUUCAGUCCAGAUCGUGCAUCUUCUCUCUUCCUAGGUCACAGCGUGUGUCUGAGGUUUAUUUUGGUUAGUGUGCAUUUUCUCUUUGAGGAGAGCCAAUUAUUGCUUUUUUUUUUUUUUGGAGAAAAAGAAAUGCUUGAGAGCAAACCAGACCUGCAUGGUUAUUUAUUUUGAAAUGCGCUUUACUGACCGCUUUUAACAAAUUCUCCUUUUUUUUUGGUACUUUGCAUUGAGUGAGGAGCUAAAUUUUACUUUCUUUAUUUAAGUAGGAAUAACUACUAAUUGUAGUGAAAUCUCAACAUGUGUAAGCGUGGAUCAUCUUUAAUUUGAUUUUUGUAAAAAAAAAACUUCAAUAAAAUUCACUUCUUAUGUCAUAAAA